AUGACGGAUCAUUCGGAAACUCAACCUCCCCGAACUAGUGCCGAUCUCACGGCCGCAAAUGCCGCACUCCUGGCAGAAAAUCAGCGGAUGGCUGAACUGUUGGCAACAAUGCAAAACAACGGGGAUCGGAAGGUCGAUAGUAAAAGGACAAACGCUGAACAGCACGAAGAGCAUCAGUCAGAGUCCAAUGUUAAGACAGGAGAAACUCCCCCCAAGCCUGGGAGGCGACGAGCUAACCCAUUCUCCGAAGAAAUAAUGAGCUACAAAAUGCCCCAGAACUUUACACUCCCAAUGACCCUGACACCAUACAAGGGGAUCGGGGACCCAAAAGUCCAUGUCACUAAGUUCGAGUCCAUGAUGUUUCUCAACAGUGACUGCGACCCCAUUAUAUGCCGAUAUUUUCCUACUUUCCUAGAUGGAGCUGCCUUACUGUGGUUUUCUAAUUUGUCUGCAGGGUCCAUAACCAGCUUUGACGAAUUCGCCAAGAUGUUCAUCAAUCACUUCGUAGCAUCAAAAAUCUAUGUGAGAGACUCCGAUUAUCUCAGCACGAUCAAGCAAGGCCCGCAUGAAAGUCUCAAGGAUUACAUGAUGCGCUUCACCAUGGCGGCCAUGGAUAUCCCUGACUUAAACUCAGAAGUACAAUUGCAUGCUAUCAAAAGUGGCCUCCGGCCAGGGAAGUUCAACACGAGAAGAGAAGACAUAAUAAAGGAUAUAUUACACAACAGGCUCAUAAAGCCACCAGUCAAAGCGGGAACAUACCAAGAUCAAAAGUACGUAGACAAAGGGAAGCAUUGCGCCUUCCACCAGAAAUUCGGUCACACCACAGACGAGUGUGUGGCAGCUAAGGACCUAUUGGAGAGAUUGGCGAGACAGGGGAUACUAGACAAGUACAUCGGCUCCAGGAACCAGAAGGAAACAGCUGAAGCGAGCAAGCCGAAGUAUACCUCGGAACGCAGAGACAAAGGAACAUGGCGAGAUCCAGUGGAAACCCCUACCUCUAAAGGAGUCAUAAACUACAUCUCAGGAGGUCUCGCGGGAGGAGGAAUAACAAACACAUCAAGGAGACGAAGCUACAGAGCCAUGAUGACAAUGGAAGGAACUCAAUAG